UCUGGCCGGAUCAAUAGCGUGUCUCGUUCUCUCACUGCGUGAUCUACAGUUCUCUCAUCGCUAAAUAUUCCAGCACAAACCACUAGAAAAGCACCCCUCAGAAGAAACAGACGGCGCUCUCGGACGCACUUCCGCUUCGUUCGGACCUUAGUGCGAUUUUUCUUAUAAGAUCCGGUGCUAUCCGUGCUGUUCUAGACAGUUGGGAUUUAGCGGUGAAGCAAGCAAGCCACAAGUUCAUGAUUUAUCAAUUUGCUGAUACAGCCCGUAUCCAUUCGUGACUGAUCUGUUGAUUCUCGCGUGUGGCGCAAUCCAACGUUCUCCAGUGUGCGCAGUGUUUCCGUUUGGUGGACACAUCCAAGUGGUUAUUCGACUGUGAUUUUGAAGUUUAAUUAAGUGAUUGGACGCAUAGCUGUUAUUUCUUCACGAUUCGAUUUGUUAUCGAUCAAAGACCCAUCAUAUUUGCAGAAAAACAUCGAGUGUGAGGAACGUCAUCGUCAGCGGUACAAAUCUUACACUUACCGGACUCAGCUUCUGGGCGGCUUUUUGUUUUUCUUUCCAAGUGGCGGUACUGUGCGAGAAAAGUGCUGAAAUUGUCGUGUGAAAUGAAAAAUACAUAAGUCAAAAUUUGCUGCAAUCACAAAAAACUCACAUUGGUGUAGAAGAAGAAAAGUUAGACAACAGUUAAGUGCAAUAGCCACCAAACAAGAGUAGCAUCGUCCAGUCAGUCAGUGGGUCGAACAAGUGAACCGUAACAACGGCAGAAAAAAACGUGUAACCAACCGCGUCAUUCGCCUAGCAGUCAGUGUUGCAGACGUCGACGCUCCGAAAGCCAAAAAAUAUAUAUAAUUUGCUUCAUAUUGCACCUGGCCAGGCGCUUGACCCGUAGAGAAGUGGGGACUCCCAUACAGAGACUGCGGUGCAGUGCUGUACGUAUAGUGAAAAUCAAACAGUGUGAUUGGUGAAAAUAUAAGUGCUACGAAAAGACCCGCGAUCGCAAUGACCGUCGCAACGUCCGCCCAAGAUGUGCUAAACCAGUCGGCCCCUCUGGAUGCGGCUGAGCUGCAAACCAGUCAAGGAGGUGGUGGUGGCGGCGGUGGCAGUGUUAGUGCUUCAAUGACCGUACCGACCCUGGAGACCACCGCCAGCCCGGCUCAGGUCGAAAGAAAGCUGACGGAGAUUCAGCAGUUCUACGACCGGUGCAACGUUUUCAUUACCGGAGGAACGGGAUUCCUGGGAAAAACACUCAUCUACAAACUGCUUACCAGCUGCCCAGGAGUGGAAAACAUCUUUCUGCUCAUCCGAAGUAAGCGAGGCAAGGAUAUCUUUUCCCGCGCAGAAGAAAUUUUCGAAGAUGCCAUGUUUGACAAAAUGAAGCAAGCCUGCCCAAAGUACGACCACAAAAUCAGACCCAUCGCGGGAGACUGCAUGCUGCCUAACCUUGGCAUCAGCUCGUCUGAUCGGGAGCUUCUGCUCGAAAACGUGAAUAUCGUGUUUCAUCUGGCCGCCACGGUGCGAUUUGACGAGAAGAUGAAAACCGCCAUGCAGAUCAACGUGAAAGCCUGCCGGGACAUCCUGGACCUAUGCUACGAGAUGAAACACCUCAAAUCCAUUAUCUACGUCUCCACCGCCUACACGCAGUGUCCCCAGAAGGAGGUUGAUGAGCGUUUCUACGAUCCACCGAUUGAUUCCAAGAAGAUGAUCAGCCUUACCGAUUGCGUCAGCGAUACGAUGAUGGAAAACAUUACGCCAAUCUUGCUGGACAAGUGGCCAAAUACCUACACAUUCACGAAGGCAAUCGCCGAGGACGUGGUGCGACAGAACAGCAGGGGCAUGCCGAUCGGUAUGUUUCGACCAGGCAUUGUCAUAGCCACAUACCAGGAACCGGUACCGGGAUGGAUCGACAACUUUUACGGCCCCACAGGAGUGAUUGCCGGUGCUGGAACAGGAGUGCUCCGAACGCUUCGAGCAGAUCCUUCGAAGGUAGCCAACAUGGUUCCGGUGGAUCUAUGCGUCAACGGAAUCAUCUCUGCAGCGUGGGACAUAGCCGAACGAUUCCAAAAAGAAAUUAUGCCCGAUCCGGAGAUUCCAGUAUACAAUUUCUGCACGGAAAAGUGCAACUGCAUCACUUGGAAUGACUUUACCUACACCACCAUCAAGUUCGGUUCGAUGUAUCCCACGAUGAAGUCGAUUUGGUACCUGUGCUAUUAUAACAACCCGAAUAGAUUCAUGCACUUCUUGGCGGUCUUGUUCCUGCACUACGCGCCGGCGAUAUUCUUCGAUGUGAUUGCUCUUUUCAUCGGACGGAAGCCAAGGCUGAUGCGCACCUAUAAGAAAAUCCACCGCUUUAUGGAUGUGAUCGAGUACUUCUCCAUGCGCCAGUGGGAAUUCAAAAUGGAAAACAAAAAUGCACUGUGGCAAAAGUUGUCCCUCGCCGAUCAGAAAGAAUUUUUCUUCGAUAUGCGCCAGAUCAACUGGGACUUCUUCCUGGAACAGUACUUCUGCGGCAUUCGACAGUAUCUGAUGAAAGAUCCGCUCGAAACCGUCCCGGAGGCUCUCGUCCGAUGGAAUCGUCUAUACUGGCUGCACCAGGCUGUCAAGGUGAUUGUGCUUCUAGUGGUGUACAAGCUGGUAUCUACGAUUUGGGGCUUCAUCUUUAGCUAAAUUAGGAAUCGACCCGCGAUCCAACCAGUUUCGAGAGAUCGUACGUCAUGCAUUUCAUCGAAAACUCCACGACAUCCCAUCACCAUCACAUGGUUGCGCUAAAAAUCAAAGCCAUUACAGCACCCUCACAGAGACAACGAUUCAAAGAUUCAUUCGAUAGCUUUAGUACCUUUUUUUUCGUCUUAAGUUAUAGCAAGGUUUUACAUGCGGACGCAUGUUUAUGCAGUGAGAGAGCAUACAUUCAUCAUUCGGAAGGAAUCAAUACCGUUUCCCAAAGGUUUACUUGGAAGGAACCGAUUAGGUGUGAAGCUGUUUUUGUUAUUGUUUCAUAACAUUUUUGUUUUCCGAUUCCAAAUUGAGAUAGAUAUAUUUGUUCAUGUCAUUCCAUUAAGUUACAGUUAGCACAAGUAAUAUUGUAAUUUGGAAAUUGAAUGCACCAACGCCGGAUAUCAUUAAUUACUUUGUUUUGAUUCUUAAAUCUGUAAGAAUUUAAAACCCAAAAACAAACAAGUAUUGUGAAAAACAAUAGCAUGUUGCAACAAUUAAAUGUUAAGCUUAAAAGAAUAAAAAGAAUCGUUCCAGAUUUUGAACGAUUGGUUUUUGUAAUAUAUAAGGAAAAUGAUUAAUAAAGAUUAUCUAAAUGGA